CUCAAGAGUCUUUUCCAACACCACAGUUCAAAAGCAUCAAUUCUUCAGCGCUCAGCUUUCUUUAUAGCAAGGCUGAAGCGUCUUUAAACUUCCAGUUUUUUGUCUUCCGUCCCUUACGCUUGAAUACCUUAUCCGCGGGUAGAACGUGCACCGCGUGCAUGCUCUGCAUAUGCACUGCACACGUCCCGCGGGCAGACCUGCCGCACUUCGGAAAACACCGUGUCCAGUUCAGUACAUCUCAUCCGUCCAUCUGUGUGGACUUCCCUUUUAGGUGGGAUGGCCCCCCACCUCCACUUUGUGUGUGUACCCAGCUUUUUGUGCAUUUCAUCCACUUAAGGGUCGCAGCAAGGCCAUAAAACCCACAGGUAUUGCCUGAGCACCUCCUUGGUGUCCAGCAGACCGGCUGAGAUUGAAUGUGGUGUUGAGCUUCGAGAACCGGUGGCAAUGGGGCGCAGGCGGCAGGAUGACCUGUCUCCGCCCUCUCUCUCCUCAGAUCCCAGGAGGACCCCGAGCCGACCCGGGAGCCGAGCCGGCAGCAAAGCCGGCAGCCGGGCCAGCAGCCGCCGCGGCAGUGACGCCUCGGACUUCGACAUCUCGGAGAUCCAGUCCGCGUGCUCCGACGUGGAGAUUGUCCCCCCGACACACAGGCCUACGCCCCGAGCAGGUUCUCGGCCGCCUGGAGCCAAGCCUUCCAAAAUCCCCACGCCCCAGAGGAAAUCACCUGCCAGGAAAUUGGACAAGUCCUCCAAGAGAUAGUGCAGUUGGUUCCACCGUGGCCCUUCCUGAAGCCUUUACUAUUUAAGUCUGAAAGAUGUAACAUAUGAUGUAGAGAUUAUUGUGAAAUAUUGCAAGAGGUGAGUUUAAAAAUUCUGCAGAUGGCCUUAUCUGUGUAUUUGUCUUUUUCUUUCCUCUGUAUGAUUUGGGGUCGGAUAGUCUGGGGUUGGACUCACACCCUCUGUGAGGCGGGAGAGAGUGUUUGACAGGCACAGAGGUUCCUACACUGAGCACACAGUACCUGAAGGUAAGUCCCCAGCCUCCCGACAGCCAGCCCUGCACUGGGAGCGCACAUGAAGGAUACCUCAUGACACUUCCCUGCUUCUCUGCAAGCCCCGAAAAGCCAAAAGACACCCCCUGGGGAUCCAUUCCGAGACCAUGUCAGUGUAAACUGCAAGAUGGGGGGGCAGAAAGACAGACACACCCACCACUGUUCUUAUCCUCCUGCCUGACAGAGAACUCACAGAAAAUUCCUUUCCGCGCCUUCCCAUGCUCUGAGAUUCCCAGACUCUUGUGCGUUUCUGUGCCCGUGGCUUCGCCUGAGGCCAGAGGCCACCUGGACCUGAGACCUAGUACCCUGUAAGAGUAUCAUCAUAAAGUGCAUUCAUCUAAAUGUGAGGUUUUCUUUUGCUUGAGUGGACAGUAGCACCUGUACCAUUGAACUCAUUUUGUAUCAAAGCAAGUUUGCUUGCAGAAAAGCUAUGAAAUAAAAUAUGUCCCUUAACUACAUUGCUAUGGAAUUAAUUUUUUUCCCCAGGGAAAAAAAAAAAAUCAGUGUAUUUUUUUAUGAGCAAAUAUCCAUUUGGAGUGACCAAAAGAGACUUAAAAAUGGGUUUAUUUUGAUUUUCUCAUCUGAAAUAAUCAUGUUCUGGUAUUAUAUCUAUAUUUAAUAAAUAUAUACCUUUUAAUUUAUUAUGUAUACUCACAUACUAUAGAAAGAUAUUAUUAUAGUAUGCAUUUAAUAAAACAUAUUCACUUGAACAUA